CUGCCCGCCACGCGCAUGCCCCGCGCAGGGAAGCCUCGCGAGAAGAAGGAGGAGGCGGCGGUGGGUCCCUGUCGCCAACCGGAGGUGCCGCCCUUCUGUCCCCUCCGUAUCCCUCCGUCCAUCGCGGCCAUGGCGGCACCGCCGGCCUCGCCCGGCCCCCGUGGCCGCUUCGAGCAGGAGCAGGACCGGGCCGUCCGCGCCCUGGUGCGCUGCGUGACCGGCCUGCCCGAGGAGGAGCUGGGCGGAGAGCGCUUCCAGGCGGCGCUCAAUUUCGCCUGGUCCAACUUCAGAUUUCACCGUUUUCUUGAUGUGAACAGUCAUAAAGUAGAGAGGACAAUAGAAGGAAUACAUGAGAAACUGAUAAUUCAUUCUGACCUUGGAAAAGCUGCAAGCUGGAAAAGACUAACAGAAAAAUUUCUGAACUUGCCACUCCCAAGUCUUGAAGAAACAAAGACAGAUACACACUAUGCUAUACUGUCUCUUCUAUUGUGUUUGUCUGAUUCUCCAUCCAACACCACCUAUGUGGAAAAACCAAGAGUCAAAGAAGUGGAUUCCUUUUUGAAUGAUCUCUGCACAUUCCCUCGGCGGUGUUUUGAAUGCACUUUCAGCCCAUUCCAGGAAUGUGAAUAUGAAGAGGUUAUCUCAAACAACACUAAUUACAAAAAGGAAGAAGAAUUUGAUUGGGGAAAGUAUCUGAUGGAAGGAGAAGAAAUUUACUUUGGUCCUGGUGUAGAUACACCCGAUUGGUCUGGAGAAAGCGAAGAGGAAGAAGACACUCAGCCCUUGAGCAGGGAGGACUCGGGUAUUCAAGUAGACAGGACACCUUUAGAAGACCAAGAUCCAAAUAAGAAAACAGUACCUAAUGUUUCCUGGAAAGUCGGUGAACCUGAUGUCCGCAGCUGGCUGGAGCAGCAUGUAGUUCCUCAGUACUGGACAGGAAGAGCUCCUCGUUUUUCACAUAGUUUGCACUUGCAUUCCAAUCUGGCUGCAGUCUGGGAUCACCACUUGUACACCAGUGAUCCUUUGUACGUGCCAGAAGAGAGAACCCUAGUCACAGAAACUCAGGUUAUACGUGAAACUCUUUGGCUACUUUCAGGAGUGAAAAAGCUUUAUAUAUUUCAGCUGAAUGAUGGAAAAGUGACUGUUCGGAAUGAUAUUAUUGUAACUCAUUUAACCCACAAUUGCCUGAGAUCUGUAUUGGAGCAGAUAGCAGCAUAUGGUCAAGUUGUGUUUAGACUACAGAAGUUUAUUGAUGAAGUGAUGGGACACAGCCCAGAAAGCAUAAUGCAUGGAACAGUUUCGACUCCAAAGAAGACUACUGAAGCCCCAUUCAGAACCUACCAAGCUUUUAUGUGGGCUUUGUAUAAAUAUUUUAUUAGCUUUAAAGAAGAACUUACUGAAAUUGAAAAGUGCAUAAUCAACAAAGAUAAAACAGUCACACUUUCAAUAGUAAUAGAUAAGCUGUCUCCCAGACUGGCACAGCUGAAAGUACUUCACAAGGUUUUCAGCACAGGAGUAGCGGAAGUACCACCUGACACCAGAAAUGUUGUACGAGCAUCUCAUCUGCUUAAUACUCUCUACAAAUCUAUUCUUGAGUAUGACAGUGUUGGAGAGGCAUCUGAGCAAACGGUAUCCCUUUUGUUCUCUCUCUGGGUUGAAACUGUGAGGCCGUACUUACAGACAGUGGAUGAGUGGAUAGUCCAUGGUAAUUUAUUUGAUCCUGCAAAGGAAUUUAUUAUUCAGAGAAACAAAAAUGUUCCAGUUAAUCACAGAGAUUUCUGGUAUGCUACCUACACAUUAUAUAGUGUGUCAGAAAAGACUGAGAAUGAAGAGAAGAUGAGUGAUAAUGCCAGUGCCAGUUCUGGCAGUGAUCAGGCCCCUUCAAGCAGACAGCACACUAUGGUCUCUUUUCUGAAACCUGUGCUAAAGCAAAUUAUCAUGGCUGGAAAAUCCAUGCAGCUGUUGAAGAAUCUUCAAUGCAAAGAUGGCUCUCCACAGCAGGCUGCGUCAAGAGAUGCUGAACGAAAGAGUUUAUACACGCUGUUCUUGGAAUCGGUGCAGUCUCGCCUGCGGCAUGGGGAAGAGUCUGUUCCUGAUACUAUUACAGAACAGCAGGCCACAAAGCAGAGCCUGAUAAAGAUGCAGUCUAUAGCGGAAAGACACUUGGAACUGGAUGAUGUCCAUGACCCACUGCUGGCUAUUAAUUUUGCCAGACUCUAUUUGGAACAGAGUGACUUUCAUGAGAAGUUUACUGGUGAGGAUGUCUCUGUGGAUAGAUCCUCAGAAUCUGUGACCUGCCAGACUUUUGAACUGACAUUGAGGUCUUGCCUUUAUCCGCACAUAGACAAGCAAUACUUGGAAUGCUGUGGGAAUCUGAUGCAAACUUUAAAGAAGGAUUAUAGGCUUGUAGAAUAUUUGCAAGCAAUGAGAAACUUUUUCUUACUUGAAGCUGGAGAUACCAUGUAUGACUUCUAUACAUCUAUUUUUGACAAAAUUAGAGAAAAGGAAACUUGGCAGAAUGUUGCUUUCUUAAAUGUUCAACUACAAGAAGCAGUUGGACAACGCUAUCCAGAGGACAGUGCAAGGUUGUCUAUAUCAUUUGAAAGUGUUGAUACAGCAAAGAAGAAACUCCCUGUCCACACCUUAGAUGGUCUGACAUUGAGUUAUAAGGUUCCUUGGCCUGUGGAUAUAGUUAUAAGUUUAGAGUGCCAAAAAAUUUACAAUCAAGUUUUUCUGCUCUUACUGCAAAUAAAGUGGGCCAAGUAUAGUCUAGAUGUUUUACGAUUUGAUGAACUAAUCUCUGCUGCAGAAAACCCACAGGUUAAGGAAGGAACUUCACUAGAACAAGGAACGCGUCCUCUGUUUGGACCGCAAACAGAAAGCAUAAAACAACAAAUACAUCGCAUGUUCCUCUUAAGAGUGAAACUUAUGCAUUUUGUUAACAGCCUGCACAACUACAUCAUGACAAGGAUUCUUCACAGUACAGGCUUGGAGUUUCAACAUCAGGUAGAAGAAGCCAAAGAUUUAGAUCAAUUGAUAAAGAUUCAUUACAGAUACCUAUCUACAAUUCAUGAUCGCUGCUUACUGAGAGAAAAGGUGAGCUUUGUGAAAGAAGCUAUAAUGAAGGUGUUAAACUUAGUACUGAUGUUUGCAGACCGUUGGCAGGCCGGUUUGGGGGCUUGGAAGAUGGAAUCCAUAGAGAAGAUGGAAUCUGAUUUUAAAAACUGUCACAUGUUUCUUGUAACUGUUCUCAACAAAGCUGUCUGUCGAGGCUCUUUUCCUCACUUGGAAUCUUUAGCUUUGUCACUGAUGGCUGGCAUGGAACAAAGUUAAUACCCAGGUGUGAAUAGGUCACAGAGUAGUGUGGAGUGGUGUGACUCAAAUCUUAGUGUUCAGAAAGUUGGUCGAGUUAAUUAUUGGCUUUUUUAAAAAGGCUAAGAAGCAUGCAUCUUAUUUGCUUAGUGGUUAUUAAGAACUCUCUAAGAAAACUGUUACAAUAAGCUGAUGUAAAAAAUACAAGAUUCAUUUAUCGAAAUGGAUUAUAGUAGAACAUAAAAUACCAGAAUUUUUUACAUUAAAAUUCAAAUGCUUACUAAUUUGAGUGGUAACUCUUGUCAGUUUAAGUAGGAUCAAGAUUACACUGUUACCCUAAUUUUAACUGUUGGAUUGUCGAGAUGUUUCAGAGGUGGUCAGAUAUGAUUUGACCUUUAUCCUCCUUCUAAGCCUUUUGCAAACAAAAUUUACAUCUAAUAGCUAAUCUCUUGUAAAGUAGUAGAUUGUGAUACAGAAUGGUACUUUUCUAGACAAGUAAAUGUGGAACUUGUUCUGCACAAGACAACUUGCCCUGUCUCCUCCCCGUUAAAGUUUCAUUUAAAUUCUCGCAUCGGUACACCUGCAUUAAAAAAGAUAAAAUCAAUCAUAGCUAUUUGCCUAUUGAUUUAUUUGAAUAAAUAGAAGAUUUAAUAAUAAGAA